UCCAAACUCAUGUGUUCAUUCAGUUGUCAAGCCAAGAGAGACAGAGAAGCACACGUGGAUUCAAUCGGAGUGUUAUCGUUUUGUUGUUUGGUUCCUGUCAACGGGCCAUGAUCGCCCGGUGGUUUCCACGAUGAGCACCCCAUCCGAUCAUUCCGAUUCAAGUUCGGAUUUCCCUAGCGAAUUAACCGGUCCCAUUUCGGAUUUCCACGGGGCGCUGAGCCAAUUGAACGCCCAUCUCGAUCCUUGGCUGGCCGUGGGACGCGAUGAGCUAACUUCGCAUUUAGAGCCCUUAGCUCAAGCCAAACUGGACUUGGUCUCGGCCUUUGCCCUCAAUUCCCUGGUCUGGAUGUGGAUGCGGACCCAAGGUCAAGAUCCCAAGGAAUCCGAGGUCAAAACCGAGUUGGAUCGCGUCAAAUCUUGCAUGGGACGAUUAAAAGAGAUCCAGGAUCGAGCCAAGCGACCCAAUAUCAACUUGCCGGCCGUCAAAAGAAUGGUCACCAGUGGGUUAUGGACACCUAAUUCUGAUAAAGCCACGCCCCCAUCUGAAAAUUCCAGCCCUAAAAGCAAAAGGCUGCGGAAGUAA